AUGGCCGCGCUGCUGCUGCAAGUCCCUACAACUCCCUAUUCACCGCAGCGGCAGCAGCAGCAGCAAGACAUGCAGCAGCAGCAGGAUUUGGGAGCGGCAAAGACUCCGUUCUACGGCGUGCUGCAGCAGCAGGAAGCGUGUGGGGUGUAUAUCCAGCCAGCAGCAGCAGCAAUUGAGGUGCCGAAAGUCUGCAUCGUCAACACCUUCUUCUUCUCUGUCCUCCACAGCGACCCUGAAGACGUCACCAGAGUCCAGCGGUGGACGCGUGGCGUCGACAUAUUUUCUUCGCGCUUUUUGCUGGUGCCUCUGCACGUACGUACAGUGCAUUGGGCAUUAGGGGUGGUAGAUAUCGUACGGGGGCUCACGUUUGUGUUCGACGCGCUGCCGCAGCAAUUUGGGGCUUUUCACGAAGUUAUAAAACCCUUUCUAAUAGAAUGCUGGAAGCAAAAGUACAAAGGUGUCCCUCCACCUGAAUGGCAGGCGGCACUGCCUUGCGCCUUUUCGUAUGAAAUUCCCCAAAACGAUCAAUGCCUUUUCCAACAGCAGCAGCAGCAACAACAGCAGCAGCAGCAGCACCAACAGCAACAGCAGCAGCAACGGCAGCAGCAACAGCAUUCGGGCGAUAGCAGGGGGGUAAAAGGCUUUAUUGGGAGGCCUCAGCAUACCAUUAAUGCCUGCUUGCCUGCAGCUAGAUCCCGGCGCUUGCUGGGUUGCAGCAGGUGCAGCAGCAGCAGCAGCAGCAGCAGCAGCAACAGCAGCAGCAGCAGCAGCAGAUGCGCUGGGUUCUUCGUUCCACCUCAGGAGGGAUCGGAUGAUUGCGGUGUUUUUUUGUGUCUUUUUGCUGCUGCAAUUGCAAGCGGAAAGCCCUUCACCUUCUCGCAGCAAGAUGUAGCUGCAUGCAGACUGAGACUGCCUGUAGAUUUGCUGCUGUCCCUUCGGCCUCCGCUGCAGCAGCCGCUGCCGCCUCUCCACAAGACCCCAGCAGCAGCAGCUGCUGCUGCUGCUGCUGUCGCGCUGCAGCAGUACGCUGUGCAAGUCACCAGAACAGCAGCAGCAGCUGCUGCUGCCCUUAAGUCCUUCCCCUCCAGAAUACAACACCCCACAGCGAAGCAGCUGCUGCAUCUGGUCCUGCACGUGCAGGAGCAGCAACAGCAGCAGCAACAGCAACAGCAGCAGCAACAGCAGCAGAUUUCAAGUGAACGCGUUGAGAAUGUGCGGCAGCAGCUGAGGCUGCUGCAUCAGAGCCUUAUAUCAUCAGCAAAACUUAUCUCAAGUGAACUACGCGCUGUGGGGCGUCGCGGCUCUCGCCUGGCGGUUCGACGGGCCUAUACAGCUGGAGCAGCAAAGCUGCGGCAGCUGCUGCAGCUGCAUGCAGCAGCGCUGCAGCAGUAUGCCAACUUAAAGGCGGGGGUGGAGCGAGGGUCCUUGCGUGUGCUUCCUUUCGACAGCAGCAGGAGCAGCAGGAGCAACAGCAGCAGCAGCAGCAGCAGCAGCACCCGCAGCACUUCAGGGCAGCCCUUUAUUGCUUGGCGGUCUUCGGUUGUUUAUUUCUUCUGCUGCUGGAAGGGGGAAGGUGUCGCUGUGCUGCAGCGCGCAGUGCUGGGAUCAACCCCCGCUGCUGUUUGCUUCGUGACGGACGCCCAAACGCUGCAGUGCAGCAGCAGCAGCAGCAGCGACAUCACCGACAGCAGCAGCAGCAGCGACAUCACCGACAGCAGCAGCAGCAGCGACAUCACCGACAGCAGCAGCAGCAGCAACAACACGGACAACAGCAGCAGUAGCAGCAGCAGCAGCAGCAACUCAACCAGCAGCAGCAUGGAGACAAGGGGAGAUUUGUCUCUGCGCUUCACGUUGAGACGUCUCUUCCCCAAAAGGCCGUGGCUUGAUGUGGUUUGCAACGUCUCCUGUCUGCCCCCUGAAGCAAGAGGCUCACUGCAGGAUUUGCUGCCUACCGCACUGCUAAUUGAAGGCCCUCUGCAGCAGCAGCAACAGCAGCAGCAGCAGCAGCAGGGGGAAUCGGCGCUUCGAGUCCGUGUAGCAGAGCUGCUUCAGACAGUGAGGCCUCUUGCUGCUGCUGCUGCUGCACGACAACAGCAGCAGCAGCAGCAGCAGCCGACAAAAUCAGAAGUGCUGCAGGAUGCCCUCGGGGUUUAUAACCUUCUGCGUCUGCAUCAGCAGCAGCAACAGCAGCAGCAGUCUCUGCUUGUCUCUCCCGAGGCAAUACGCCGCGCUGUCCCCUCUGCUGCUGCAGGUGGAGCAGCAGACUCCUGGGAGCCCCCGUGA